AUGGAUUCUUUUGGAAACCAAAAUCUUCUGCAACCCCCAAAUCUUUUCACCCUUGAAAAUGUAGUCUGCCACUCACAAUUAUUGCGUUUAAUAAGACCAUUCUUUUUCCUUUUUAUCAUUGAAUGCCUGCCUCCCUCUGCAAAACUCUGGCUCGUCAGUGCAUGUGUGAGUAUGCCCAAGACAGACAUCUACAGUGUAAUGUGACUUUGUUUUUUAAUUCUGUAACAGUGGUAAUAGCAUUGGGCGACGUAUUAUGGAUUCGUCUAAUCCAACGACGUAAUAUCUCCCAAAAUGAAAGAAAAACAAACCUUAAUGCAGUAGGAUUUGUCAGAUAGCUCAAAACUGUUUGGAAUUUGUGCAACAGGGGUUGUGUCUACACUCUACCCUGCUUGAAAAAAACAUUGAAAUGCCUUUUAAAGUCAUUGAAAUGUUGAGUAAGUGACACUAGGUAUGUUUUUAUCUGUGAAAUGAUCCAGGACCCCGUGCUUCCAUGACCCAUGCCUAAUGGUGGGUUGCGUGUAAUCCUCUCUGGUUUGUUUCCACAAGGAAACAAUCCGCUCUCAAGUACACCUAGAUUCUCUUCUAUUUAACUCACGUACUGAGUGAUGAGCCCUCUCAAUCUGCAACUUGAGUACACCAUGUGAUAGCUAGCCUAUAAUAGUACUAUUUAAAGAUGGCUGGUCGGUCUGUAAUGGAUUGAUCUUUAGCUGAUGGGUUUGGGGGAAUGUGGCAGGAGGAUGUGCAAAAAUAGGUAAAGUUGAUGCCUUGUUUUGAAAAGUUUUUGCUGUCAACCCAUUCAGGCCGAAUUAGAGGACUGAAUUAUUGAUCAGUAGCGCAUCAUAUUGAUUGAUCGGAAGUAGAGCAUGGCAUGCCUGAGUUAUUCAGACCAGCUUAAUCAUCUUCUAUCCAUGCCUAGGCUGCUCAGCGUUUCCUCUAUAUAACUAGUGAGUCUAUAUACCAAUUCUUCAGUGGGUACUUUGAACUCUGCCUUUUGUUUUCUUUCGAAGUCCAAGAAAUGGUAUUUUUGUAGUCCAUUUUAGUUAUGUAAAGAGCUUCUCUAGAAAACUUUGUUCAAGCUUGUUCAGUGGGUGGAUUGUACUGUGCCUUCUGUUUUCUUUUGAAGCCCAAGACAUGGCGUUUUCACAGUCCAUCACAGUUAUAUAAAGAGCCUCUGUAGCAAACUGUGUUCAAGCUUUUUGAAAUCAAUUUUUCUUAGGAACUCUUUUCAUAGAGGUUAGAGCCAUGGCAGCUUCCAAGUUUGUAGUGUUCGCCAUGCUCACAUGUCUGUUGAAUGUGAUGGUAUUGGGGAACUCUGAUAUGGAUGCCCUUGUGGCCUUCAAGAGAGGUCUUGAAAAUUCUGAUGGACUUGCAGACUGGAAAAUGGAUAGUUCAUCUGCUUGUGAGUGGACCGGUGUGAGCUGCAAGAAUGGAAUUGUGAUCUCUCUUGUUCUAGAAGAUAUGAACCUGCAAGGUCCUAUUUCUGCAGAGCUUGGGAAUCUGAAGGCCUUGGAGGUUUUGAAUCUGACUAAUAAUCUUCUAGUUGGUAGCAUUCCAAGCAAAAUCUGGGGACUGGACAAGCUUAAAAUCUUGGACUUGAGUGGCAACUGUUUGUCUGGUGAGAUUGAUGCUAGCAUAGGAGGUCUUGCUGAGCUUAGAGAGCUUGCACUGGGCAGCAAUGCUUUGUCAGGAAGAUUGGCGCCUCAGCUGGGAUUACUUUCUCGGUUGGAAAUGCUGGAGCUUGGCAACAAUUUUUUCACUGGGAGCAUUCCUGCAGAGCUAGGCAUGCUGUCUGAGCUGCAGUACCUGGACCUUGGUGGCAACAGUUUUUCUCGAGUCAUACCGUCACAGCUUAGCGAGCUGAAGAACUUGGUAUUUCUUGAUCUGGGCAACAAUUUUCUUACUGGCACCUUUCCACCUGAGCUCGGGAAGCUGGACAGGUUGGUGUCUCUGGAUGUCUCAAACAACUCUCUUUCUGGCAGCCUUCCUCUGGAGAUUGGAAACAUGGUGAGUUUGACUGACCUUUAUCUUGGAAUCAACAAGUUUUCAGGCCUUUUACCUGUUGAAAUUGGUAAUCUGAUCAAUUUAAAAAAUUUGUAUUUGCCUUCUUGCCUCCUCCGAGGGCCUAUUCCGAAUGAGAUAUCUAGGAUGCAGUCCUUAAGCAAACUAGAUCUUUCAAACAAUCCACUGAGGUCCCCUAUUCCACAAGCCAUAGGAGCUCUGACAAAUCUCACCAUUUUGAAUAUGGUGAAUGCAGAGUUGAAUGGCUCGGUUCCAUCUGAGUUGGGUAGAUGCAAAAGUCUCAGAACCCUCAUGCUUUCAUUUAAUUUCUUGACUGGUUCUCUUCCUGACACUCUAGCAGGGCUGCCUAUAUUGUCCUUCUCAGCAGAGAAAAACCAGCUUAGUGGUCCUUUACCUAGAUGGUUGGGAAAGUGGCAGGAAGCCGACUCUAUCCUGCUGGCUACCAACCAAUUCAGUGGGCCUAUUCCUCCGGAGCUUGGGAAUUGUUCUUCUGUGAACCAUAUUAGCCUAAGUAACAAUCAAUUAACAGGAAACAUCCCUGCCGAGCUUUGCAAUGCAAAAUUUCUUACUGAGAUUGAUUUAGAAAACAACUUCCUUGUGGGUACCAUUGAAAACACCUUCAUCAAUUGUUGGAACCUUACCCAGCUCAUACUGACGAACAAUCGGAUAAAUGGUAGAAUUCCUGGGUAUUUAGGGAGCCUUCCCCUAAUGGUUCUAGAUUUGGAUGCAAACAACUUCACAGGCCCAAUCCCUGAGCAGAUAUGGAAUUCAACUACACUCAUGGAGUUCAGUGCAGCAAAUAAUUUUCUAGAAGGAAAACUUUCUGCCCGCAUGGGAAAUGCAGUAUCAUUGCAAAGAUUGAUUCUCAGCGGUAACAAUUUAUAUGGAGAAAUCCCCAAGCAAAUUGGGAGAUUGUCUAGUAUUUCAGUUCUUUCUCUCAAUGGUAAUCUGCUGGAAGGCGAGAUUCCUUCAGAAAUUUCCCAGUGUAUCAGUCUCACCACUCUUGAUUUGGGAAAUAAUCGUUUGAAUGGAUCAAUUCCCAAAAAAUUUGGAGACCUAGCUCAACUACAGUGUCUGGUUCUUUCCCAUAAUGAACUCUCAGGGUCCAUCCCAACCGAAAUAUCUUCAUAUUUCCAGCAGAUUGCAAUCCCGGAUUCAAGCUAUGUACAGCACCAUGGAGUCUUUGAUCUCUCCUGGAACCAGCUUUCGGGACCCAUCCCAGAAGAAAUUGGGGAUUGCAUUGUAGUUGUAGAUUUGCUUCUUAGCAACAACAGGCUCACGGGAGCCAUUCCCAGAUCCCUGUCACGCCUUACAAACUUGACUACACUGGACCUCUCCAACAACUACCUCCAAGGGGAGAUUCCAGUUGGGCUUGGAGAAUCUCUUAAGCUUCAAGGGAUAAACUUGGCAUUCAAUCAGCUCACAGGCAUGAUUCCUGCAGCUCUGGGAGGUAUAAGUAGCUUGGUGAAGCUGAACUUAACAAGCAAUUAUCUUAUUGGUGAAGUCCCUGCAUCUCUGGGAAAUUUGAGCGAGCUUACACAUCUUGAUGUGAGUAACAAUGAGCUCUCAGGUGAAUUACCUCCAUCCUUGUCAAAUAUGGUGAACAUUGUUGGGCUCUAUGUCCAGCAGAAUAAGCUUUUCGGCAGCAUUGAUAUGUUGUUCCCAGACAGCACUUCAUGGAAGAUUGAGACUCUGAACAUGAGUUUCAACCUUUUUAGUGGAGAAAUUCCAAGCUCACUGGGAAAUCUCUCUUACCUUAACUACUUGGACCUGCACGACAAUGAGUUCACAGGCAGUAUUCCUUCAGAGAUAGGUAACCUUUCACAACUCAUGUAUCUGGAUAUCUCCGGAAAUAAGCUCACUGGAAAAAUCCCUGAUGAAUUCUGUAGUCUAUCGAGUAUAUCUUUCUUCAAUCUUUCAGACAAUCUGCUGGAAGGCCCGAUUCCCAGAGGCGGAGGGUGUGAAAAUUUCACGAGGUUUUCUUUACUGGGAAACAGCGGUUUGUGUGGAGGGAGCUGGGGUUUGAGGUGCCAGUCGAGUAACAGAGGAAAAUCGUGCCUGAGCACAUGGGGGGUUGUAGGAAUCUCAAUUGGAAGCAUUCUUGCAGUCUUAAGUUUAUCUUUCAUCUUACUCAGGUGGAAAAUGGUAGGACAGCAAGCUCUUUUGGAUCUUGAAAAUGGAAGCAAAUUUGAUUCGGGUUCCGGAACAGAACCAAAUCUGUUCUUUCUUUCCAGCAAAUCCAAGGAGCCUCUUAGCAUCAAUGUCGCCAUGUUUGAGAGGCCUCUUCUCAAACUGACACUGGUGGACAUUCUGCAUGCCACCAAUAACUUCUGCAAGACUAACAUCAUUGGGGAUGGUGGGUUUGGCACCGUCUAUAAGGCCAUCCUUCCCAAUGGCAAAAUGGUAGCAAUAAAAAAGUUGAGCCAGGCCAAGAGUCAAGGACAGAGGGAAUUCCUAGCAGAGAUGGAGACCUUGGGGAAAGUAAAGCAUACAAAUCUGGUGCCACUCCUUGGAUACUGUUCAUUUGGUGAGGAAAAGCUGUUGGUGUACGAGUAUAUGGCAAAUGGAAGCCUUGAUCUGUGGCUACGGAACAGGGCUGAUGCCCUUGAGGUUCUUGACUGGUCCAAACGCCUGAGAAUUGCAGUGGGAUCGGCAAAGGGGCUUGCAUUUCUUCAUCAUGGGUUCAUUCCUCACAUCAUUCACAGAGACAUGAAGGCCAGCAACAUCUUGUUAGAUGGUGACUUUGAACCCAGAGUUGCAGAUUUUGGAUUGGCACGCCUCAUAAGUGCUUGCGAAACUCAUGUGACCACAGACAUUGCAGGGACAUUUGGAUACAUUCCUCCAGAAUAUGGGCAAAGUUGGAGAUCAACCACUAGAGGGGAUGUGUACAGUUUUGGAGUGAUAUUGCUUGAGCUGCUUACUGGAAGGGAGCCAACAGGGCAUGAUUUCAAAGACAUAGAAGGUGGCAAUCUGGUGGGUUGGGUUAGGCAAAUGAUCAAGAAAGAGCAGGCAGUGGAGGCUCUGGAUUCUAUGAUUGCUAAAGGGGUAUCAACUCAAAUGAUGCUGCAGAUGUUGCAGGUGGCUACAAUGUGCACAUAUGAUGACCCUGCCAAGCGCCCUACAAUGUUGCAGGUUGUCAAAUACUUGACUGGUAUUGAAGACCAUUCACAGAAAUGAACCAACCCGGUUGGCUUCAUUUCAUCUGGUUGCAAUGUGAAGAUUCUAAGUCCAUUGGCUGUAUGAACAAUAUUUUGAAAACCUCCAUAAAAUCCCAUUCAAACUGUCUAGGUAGCAGUUUUUUUCUGUCCAUGUAAAUCCCAUAUAUAAACAAGGAUCAAGCGAAUAGUUAUAAUAGUAUUCCCCUAAGCUGAAUAUACUCGAGGAUAACUAUAAACCCUUUUGUAUUUCACACUAUGCACAGCUAUAGCCAGGCAGCAAAGAGUCUAAAAUGCUGCUGUGCUUUUCCUUUACUAAGUACAAGAAGUGGCCUCAACCAAAAUUUAUAUCCAGAGGCUUUUUCAGCUAUGCAAAACCCAAUUGUUAAAUAUAUCUUGUUUUUCUGAA